AUGCAACUCACCCUCCUCCUCCCCUUCCUUGCGGCCUUCGCCCUCGCCGCCCCCACCGACAUGUCCACCCGCCAAGCCCGCACCCUCCGCGUGCAACUCUCCAACGACGCCACCGACACGGCUGUCCAGCGCGAAAUUCCCGCAAAUGGCAUGCGCACCUCCAUCCGUGCCAAUUUCGGUAAUCUAGGUUCUCCCAUUCGCGCAAACCGCGCGUUGAUUGUAGGUUCGGGAAGUGGAAGCUGCAGUAUCUUUAGUGAUGCGCAGGCUACGAAGAAGGUCGCUACUAUUGUACCUGGUGGUAAUGAUGCCAACUUCGCCGCCACGAACCUCGAUAAUGGGGUUAUUGUUUGCCAGUAGGCAAUGAGGAUGCUCUAGCUUGUCGGGUUUGGGGUCAUUUUGGACUGGGCUACGAGGUUGUGGCUGACGAAGCUAUUAUAAUGAUGCUUCUUAUUUGUCUCUUCGCAGUCUUUCGUUGAGAUUGUUCUAGCUGAUGGUUU